GGGCUUGUCGGGCCAAAGCGGGCUUUUCGGGCUGGGUUCGGGCUUUUAACUAAAAAAGCAUUUUUAGGAUUGCCCAACUCCGUCCUAUUUUCGAGCCGGAUCGGGCCGAUGUUGAUCACCUCUACAUCAUUGCCUUUUAAAACUCUGUAUAGACUUGCUUAAAAAAAAAAAAAGACUUUUCGUCUUUUGACUUUUUAGUCUUUGUAGACGAAAAAAAUAUGAAGUACUCCCUCCAUCUUCAAAUAUAGUUCAUGUUUGUAUUUUUCACGGUAUUUAAGAAAUAUGUGGAGAAAGUGGAUGAGGUACAUUAAAAAAAAAGUGAAAAGUAUAAUUAUAGAUAAAAGUUAGAGAGAGAAAAUGAAAAAAAGUACAAGGAGUGAGAAAUUCAAGGGUAAUUUAGAAAAUACAAUGAAUAAAAAUAUAAAAAAAAUGAGGGUAUAAUAAUUUUUACAUACUAUCCAAAUAUAGAAAUAGAAACAAACCCAUUUUGGAUCUACAAAUAGAAAACAGUGAAUAUAAUAUGGGACGGAGGGAGUAAAUUGUUAUUAAUUAGAGUAAUAAAUUACUACUAACAGCAUAACUUGGCGGCAAAGUGAAGAGUUGAAGAAGACCACUUCCUAGUGACCACCGCCCGUUUUCGAACAUUCUCGCACUCCUGCCGACCCACGCGCACUUACCACAACCUCUCCCCGCCCACCCAAACACCCACCUACUGCCGUCUCAACUCACUGCUUCUCCGGCCAUUCUGCUUCCUGCUUUUGAUUACAAAGAUACCCGAACCCGAAUGUGGGUAGUUUAAUCAUUUGUGUAAUGGAAGCAUAAUUAAGGGUAUUUGUUGUAUUGUAGACAUGGGUUCUAAUGAAGGAAGUGUUGGGUGGAGUGUAUUUGAUACUGUGAAGUUUCUGCCUUCGUCGCCGGAUGCUCUUAUGGCAGAGAUAAAUGCAGCUAUAGCUGCAUUAGAAUAUACUCAGGUUACUGCACGCCUCGGUUCUUCGUUAAUGAGGGGUAAUGGCUCGGUUCGAGGUUCAGUUUCUGUGUAUGAUGCAGACAUUGCUGAGGAAGCUUAUCAGUUGGGGUGUGCAGCAUUGUCUGAGGGUAAGGUUGAUGCAGGGCUUGAAUCUUUGCAUAUUUCUCUGUCAAAAUGUCCUCCUGAUCAAAUUGAUGCUGUUGCCAAAAUUCGGUCGCUUAUCUCUUUUACUGCACAAAAGCUUCAGAAGUCUUCCAAGUGAAAUUUUCGCACCAUGUUAAUUAGGAUAUGUGUUUCUUGGCUGCUUGUUUUGGUGACUGCUUAGCUAGAAUAUUGCAUUUGUACUACCAGUCAAAAUUGACAAUUAGUAUUGCUUUACAGGAUGAUAGUGAUGUGAAAUUCCAUUAUUUACACAUGAUCUUUAGAUUUUAUCUGCAACAAUCUGUUUCUUGUGUAUACUUAUUAGAGAGGCCGUGACUCUUGUUUAGCAGUAAUAAAUUGAAAAACAAGAAGAAUUUGUAGCAUUUUGGUUGA